AUGCCGCGGCGGCGGCGCGCGGCGUUCCGCGCCGCCGCCGCCGCCGCUCUCGGGUCUGUUUCUUCGACGUCGACGUCGUCGUCGUCGCUGUCCGUGAUGGGGACGCCGCCGAACUCGUCGUCCUCGCCGCCAUCGCCGUCGCCGUCGCCGCCGCCGUCGUCCGCGGCGGCGGCGGUUUCGUUUUCGUUUUCGUUUUCGCUGGCGCGCGGCGUCGCGAACGCGCUUCGCGUCGCGCCGUCGAGCGAUGCGCGCGACGACGCGUCCGCGCGCGCCUCGCCGCCGCCCCACUCGCGAUCGCGCUCCGCGGCCGCGCCGCCCGCGAUCGCGACGCUUCGGUCCAGCCCCGGCCACGGCAGCGUGUGCGGGAAUAACACGAAGUCCUUGUACGCGCGCGUCAGCGCCCCCGCGAAUUUCACCUGGAGGAAGGGACGCGAUCGGUCGGUUCGUGUGAACAGCGUGAUGCGAUUGGUCCAAAUACGUUGA